UCAAAAACCAGCAUGCCCAAAGAAAAUAGCCAAGGAAGACUCUCUAUUCGCAAGCUAAAAAGACGUGAAACCACAAAUUUCAAGAAGCUGACUGCAAAACUUCUGAAAAGGCCUAGAAACAAGGUUGGAAAAAUCUCUAAAAUCCAGACAAACCUGAAUGAAUACAGUAUAGUGCCGACAAAUGAGAUGCAAAAGAAGAUGGAUUAUUUCUUCCAGUCGUACAAUAACACUUUUAUGUAUAACAAACAUAUGGAUUUCAGCACAAAGACAGAUUGGAGACAAGUCACCAGAUUUUUAUUCACUAAAAACAAAGAAGUGUUCAGAAAUUCAUUAAAAUAGCAUUAAUAAUGAACUUUACCUUGAACUGGGUAAAUUAAGCAAGCAUAUGGCUAAAAAUGAACAGAUUAAAGACCCUGGUCAUACACAGACGGGUCUUAAUCUCCAAGAGUCGCUACCAAAGUCUAUUCAUUCAGAUCAUGCCUCUUCUCAAAAUGAUAGCCAAGGAUUAGGACAAGUGACCGAGAACGACACUGAAAGUUCAGUAUCUAGCCAAGAAGUAUGCAAAUCUUUUACAAAAAAGGACAGUAAUCGAGGAUAUGGUAGACAGCUUACAAAUAUUGAAGAUCUUCUACAAGCUUUGAAGGAUAAGAAAGAAAAGAAGAGGAACCAAAGCCUAGCCCCAAAAGAUUCCUUUAACGAUUUCCUAUAUCAAAAUUUUAAUUACUGAAAGAAAAGGCAACCUAGGAAGACAAGAGAGGGAAGGCGAAGCAUUAUCACUGGGUUGAAGCCACAGCUCAUUCCUCAUUUCGAACCAGUCCGCAUCAACUCCUCAAUGGACUCUCGCAAUAAUAUUAGUUUAAGAAUUUCUGACAAGAGCUGCACUUUGCCCAAAGAUUAUAGGAAAAUGCAUACAUCGCUAGGCCAAAACGAUACGAAACAAAAGAAAAAAUCGCUGAAAAUACCUAAUUUAUUCCAAAGAAAUUAUGAUUCGGACUUAGCUUCUCCUGCUCGACCAUUAGAGCAGACCCCAAAAGAAGCACUUCGGAAUAGGAGCAAACAAUUUAAUUUCUUGCGGAAAUCCACAUUAUUCUGAGCAAACUCCAAGGACUGAAACAGGACUAGACAGAGGGUGUUCUCUACAGGAGAGGGAUCUCCUAUAAAGAUCGAGCCACUGCAUAAAAACAUGCAAUUCCAAUAUGCUAAAAACCCAAAUCCCAAAAAUGUGUGAAAUCCGAAAAUCUUGCACAGAAAGAAGCCUCGGUCAACGCUCACUUCCAAACUUUCCCUUCUCAAAAUCUCCAAGCCUUCCAAACUAAGAAUUUCCAAGAUCAAGACCUAUCUCAGCUCAACAUGCGACACUCUUCAUCAGAAGGCUCCUUCCAGAAGCAGCUUAAAAGCUGCUUCUGCUAAGAAGCCUGCCAAAGAAGCUAAACGGUCGUUCGCCCUGGAUGAGAUCGCUGACGUGGCGGUUUUUAGUGCAGGCAAGUAGAUGGGAAGAUGGAGGCAUGGAGAUGCAGGGCCUAAGGAGUUUAUAAUAUGUAUGGAGUUGU